CCACGUGCGCACGUGCGCGCGCUGCCGUGGCGAUAUACGACGACGAUUUUGAUGACCACCGUGCAUAAGCACGAUCACGAGGAGGAUCAUCACGAUCACGAAGGUGAUCACGACCUUGAUCAUCACGACGUCGACCGCGACCACGAUCACGAAGAACGUGAUCAAGUGGAUGAUCGUCACGAACACGACCACAAUCACGAACGUGAUCACGGAAGACACGAUCACGAACGUGAUCUUGACGCUGAAGAAGAACAUCGUGACGAAAUUCUCCACACCGAAAUAUCUCAGGAAGAGACUGUUCAAACCCCAGUUGAGGGCCAGAGUAUUGAGGAGCUCCCUGACCCUCGUACCAGGGCUCAGGUUGAGCAGGGACGACAACUGUUGUCAGGACGGCUCUACCUUUUGGCCACUGAACUGCACGACGCCGGUGCAGAGGUUGAGUCACAUGUGAGGGCCCAAUUUGAUCUGUGGAAAGCCCAGGCAGACCUGGAUGCAGCUCAGACUGACACCGACCUAUUGAAGAUACAGGAGUUCAUUAUCCAGUGCCGUAAAGCACUGGAUGCGCACAUCUGUCAGCAGUUCGAAGACAUAGCAAAUGGCAGAAACGCCAAAGCUGAUGUGGUAGUCACGAAACAGACAAUUGAUGAGAACAUCCGACAAUUGGAAGAAGCUCUUGAAAAAGAGAAAACGCGCAAGGCAGAAAUGCUAAAGAAGAAAGAACAAGAUGAACAGCAAGCAAAACGAGAACAAGAAGUCAGACAGCAUGUGGUUAUUGUGUCAGGGGAAGAACAGGUUGUGGCAUUGAACCAAGUGGUUGAGUACCUCGCUCACUUGGAGACAAUGCUCGACCAUUUUGAAGCAAAGUUGGAAGAAUUGACCGUAGGAUUGAAGAAUGUGACUAACUUGGUCAGAGGAAAGGAAAAAGAGGUUCGGAAGGAACAACCUGUGAAGAAACUAAUGGGUGAUGCUAUGAAAGAUCUCAAGGUCAAAGUAAAGAAGGGGGAACCAUCUGGGCCUCCCUCACCGACGCCACCACCAUCCAGUCCUCACCCAUCAGGAGGAAAGAAAGAUAAAGAAGAGAAAUCUGAGAAGCCAAUGCAGAAGGAAAAGGUAAAGAUGAAAUUGCCUUUCACGAUCAGUAAUAAGAAGGAUGAAAACUUAUUACAGUGGAUUGCAGAAAUACAGAUCUACGUCGGGACGACCCCCGUAGAAGAAGAAUCACAGGUCGCCUUCUCCACGUCGUGUCUUGGAGGGGAGGCCAAAAAGUGGGUCCUGGCCGAAGCUAAUGCAGCCGGAUUCGAUAAUAUUGGUAAGUGGGCCAGUACGAUUACCCUGAAACAGUUCCUGGACAAGAUCCGGGAACGUUUCCUUGACAAGACAACGACCGAUAAGGCCUUCGAUCAGCUCACUACCAUAGGUCAGAAAAAUAGGACGUCUGCGGAGCAGUUGUCCCGUGAGGUCGAUCGAUUGCUGCAAGUACCGGACUUAAAUCUGCAGGAUGAUCAGGUCCUGUAUAUUUAUGCCCGGGCCUUACCUGAACCUAUAAGAGGUGCAGGUGCGAGAUACGGUAAGCGAGUCCUUUGGCGCCAAAAGCCUCAGGACCACACGCUUGUCGUCUUUGACGACGACACAGUGGAGAAGCUACCAAUAGAAGAAGAAGGAGUUCCCAGCAGCAGUGAGUCCGGAAAGGGGGACGUCACUGCUGCCGUGGUCAACAAAGGAGGACCACGAGGUCCGUAUCGAGGGAGGAAACCAUGCUCGUUUCCUGCGCACCCAGGCAUCGUGGCAUUCAAGCCGUGGGAAAAGAUGGAGAUUGACCAAAAGACCUGGCAGGAGAGAAUGGACAAUGCGCAAUGUUUGAAGUGUGGAAAGGAGGGACACAUCAUUGCAUGGUGUCCACUCAUCCGACACCCAAAAGCGAGCCGCCAGUAGGAGUUGGAGAAGUCAGGCGAUGAGAAAGGACUAAAACUGGAAAGAAGAUUGUGCACGAAAUCU